AUGACUUGUGGCUUCAACUCCGUGGGCAGUGGAUUCCACACUGGAAGCUUCAGCUGCGCCUCGGCCUGCGGGCCCCGGCCAGGCCGCUGCUGCAUCUCCGCCGCCCCCUACCGCGGCAUCUCCUGCUACCGCGGCCUCUCCAGGGGCUUCGGGGGCUUCGGCAGCCGCAGCGUCAGCGGAGCCUUCCGCUCAGGCUCCUGUGGCCGCAGCUUCGGAUACCGCUCCGGAGGCGUCUGCGGGCCCACUCCCCCCUGCAUCACCACCGUGUCUGUCAACGAGAGCCUGCUCACGCCCCUCAACCUGGAGAUCGACCCCAAUGCGCAGUGCGUGAAGCAUGAGGAGAAGGAGCAGAUCAAGGGCCUCAACAGCAGGUUCGCCGCCUUCAUCGACAAGGUGCGCUUCCUGGAGCAGCAGAACAAGCUGCUGGAGACCAAGUGGCAGUUCUACCAGAACCGCAAGUGCUGUGAGAGCAACCUGGAGCCGCUGUUCGAGGGCUACAUCGAGACGCUGAGGCGGGAGGCCGAGUGUGUGGAGGCUGACAGUGGGAGGCUGGCCGCUGAGCUCAACCACGUGCAGGAGGCCAUGGAGGGCUACAAGAAGAGGUAUGAAGAAGAAGUUGCACUUCGGGCCACAGCAGAGAAUGAGUUUGUGGCUCUAAAGAAGGACGUGGACUGUGCCUACCUGCGCAAGUCAGACCUGGAGGCCAACGCAGAGGCGCUGACCCAGGAGAUUGACUUCCUUCGACGGCUGUACGAAGAGCGGUAGGGGGCUUACUCAAUGCACAUAUCCUGUUUGGAUCUUACUGUUAGUCUACCCCCUGUUCAUGUGUACAGAGUCCCUGAUCAUGAUUACUUAGGUUGACCCAGUAAAUCAAGAAAAAAAUUUUUAUUUGGGAGGUAUUCCCAGCUGUUUGCAGACUAAAUAGAUCCAGCUAACAUACAGAGACCGAGGGACCAUUACCCAUGUCUUUCUCUUCUUGGUCUUCAGAACUCCAAGUUGGAGGCAGCAGUGACCCAGUCUGAGCAGCAGGGUGAGGCGGCCCUCAGUGAUGCUCGCUGCAAGCUGACUGAGCUGGAGGCCGCCCUGCAGAAGGCCAAGCAGGACAUGGCCUGCCUGCUCAAGGAGUACCAGGAGGUGAUGAACUCCAAGCUGGGUCUGGACAUUGAGAUCGCCACCUACAGGCGCCUGCUGGAGGGAGAGGAGCAGAGGCUGUGUGAAGGUGUUGGAGCUGUGAAUGUCUGUGUCAGCAGUUCCCGUGGUGGGGUCGUGUCUGGGGACCUGUGCGUGUCAGGCUCACGGCCAGUGACAGGCAGUGUCUGCAGCGCCCCAUGCUCCGGGAAUGUGGCCGUGAGCACCGGCCUGUGCGCACCCUGUGGAAGCGGCUCCUGCUACCAGGGAAGGUGUUAGUGGCUAAGAGAGAGCCUGGGGGUGGCCUGCCCCACAAGGCUGAGCAGCGCAGCCUCAGGGGCUGCUGCCCUUGUGUUCUGAGAAUAUGCCCCCCAUCCCCAGCCAUCCCUCUGUUCAGCCACCCGCUGGCAAGGGACCUGCCACUGAUAAAUCAGCCUCCUGCCUCAGGUCCAACCCUGCAGGAAAAGGACCUCCUUACCCUGAGGUGUCCGGUGCUGCUUCCUGCAUCUCUGGCCUCU